CCCACGAUGUUCAAAUAUAGGAUCCGUAUGUUUUUCAAUGAACUGAAAGUCCUGGUUCUGAUGCGCUCUGGCUCCCGACGGACCGAAUCGGACGUGGAGUCAGACAGGCGCUCAGGCGUGAGAGGUCUUGGAGUGGGAGGCUGCGGUUGGCCACCGUUUGACUGCUCUACCCGGGAUGAUGAUGAGGAGUACUACGGGACUGACCCCCGGCCACGGAGCCUGGCGUUUGAGGAGAAAGAUGCGAAGCUUCAAGCGGGCCUGGAUGCCGUGUCCCUCACUAGCAGCAUGGAGAGCGGUAUGCGCUCGCCGCAGUGUCGGAUCUGCUUCCAGGGACCCGAACAGGGGGAGCUGUUGAGCCCAUGCCGUUGUGAUGGCUCUGUGCGAUGCACCCACCAGCCGUGUCUCAUCCGAUGGAUCAGUGAGAGGGGCUCAUGGAGCUGUGAACUUUGUUACUUCAAAUACCAAGUGCUGGCUAUAAGCACCAAGAACCCACUGCAGUGGCAGGCAAUCUCCCUGACAGUGAUCGAGAAGGUCCAGAUUGCUGCCAUCAUCCUGGGAUCGCUCUUCCUCAUCGCCAGCAUCUCCUGGUUGAUCUGGUCCUCGCUCAGCCCGUCGGCCAAGUGGCAGCGUCAGGACCUGCUCUUCCAGAUCUGCUAUGGCAUGUAUGGCUUCAUGGACAUCGUCUGCAUAGGCCUUAUAAUCCAUGAGGGUUCCUCAGUAUACCGAAUAUUUAAGCGCUGGCAGGCGGUGAACCAGCAGUGGAAAGUACUGAACUAUGAGAAAGCCAAGGACCUGGGUGACCCACUCAGCUCCAGCAGUAAGGGAGGAGGGGGUCGAGGGUCAAGGAGCACAACCCAUGUCUCAGGCCUGGGUGUACGGGCAGGCCGCACAGGCCAGCGGGUUAGGACUAUUCUAAACCACCACUGUGGCUACACCAUCCUCCACGUCCUGAGCCAGCUAAGACCCAGUGACCACCGCAUUGGCAGUGCAACUAACCGAGAGGUCGUAAUGAGAGUGACUACUGUAUGA